UCGGGAACAUUAGUGGUAUUAUUUAAUAAGCUUUGGCGAUUUACUUCAUUGUUUGAAAAAUACGUAACUGAAGAAUAAGUUUUGAAGCGAGAGUUCGGCAAACGGCUAACUUUCGGACAAAAAUAAACAAUGUCUUGAAGAGCAUUGUCCGUGCAAUACGCCCCAGAUCACCCACGUGCUCUUCCAAAGAAAUGAUUCACAACCAAAAAGUUGCAAUCGUUACUCUUUCUGGGAUAUAUAAAAUCGAGCUUCUCUCUGACAGUUUCUCCAGUAGAAUUGAGCGCUCUACAGCGGGAGAAAGUUUUUCCUGAGCGCUGACAAAGUGAGUCAUUUAAGAAAGCGCGUUCACGAAACAAGGAUCGAUCGAAAGAAAGUUCUCGGAAAGUUCCGCCAAGUCUCGCCAGUUGAUUCGCCAGAUCGAAGUUCGCCCGUUUUAAAAAGCGAAAAAUUGGUGUUAGUGUUGUUUAAUGCAUUGGACAUGUAUGGAAGCUGCACGGCUUUUCUCACGCUUCUCGUGACGGUAGCCGCGGGACAUUUAUUGGACCCGGAGGCCCGGGAAGCCCUUGAUAUUUUUAAACAAAGAAUGCUUCAAGAACUGGGAAUGGUGAAAUUUCCUGAUUUAAAAGCUGUUAAUACUUCGAGUUCACAAAUGCAAAACAUGUUAAGAAAAUAUUACAGGAACGUUAGACGAAGUGAACAAGAAAUUAUGGUCUUGCGUAAAACAAGUUACCACAAACACACAUUAUCAUUUGAGCCAGAUUUAGAGGCCAGAGAAGAGAUACAAGAAGCCAGACUUAGAUUUCCUAAUGCAACUACAAUUAACGUUUCAAAAGAAAUUGAGCAAUGGAGGGAAAGCUCAAAUCCUAUGAUUUCAAUCCAUUGCAGUGAAUCAAAAUGCUCUAGAGCUAGACUCGAGCUUUUAAUGAGGAGGACUCGAGUAAAACGUGCUGUGUGUACCAACAAGUGUUGCAAAAAAUCACUCAGAAUUUCCUUUAAAGAAAUCGGUUGGGACUGGAUCGUGCAACCAACAGAUUUUGAAGCAUUUUAUUGCAAAGGACGUUGCAAAGAUAUGACCGAUGAUUUUGCAAGCACCCAUGCUCUUCUACAGAGUAUUGUUAAAAUUAGCGGGAAAAAUAUCUCGCGACCGUGUUGUGCACCAAAGAAAUUACGCGGACUUGAUAUAUUAUAUUAUAAUGAUAAAAACCCACCAGAGUUGGUGCUAAGCACUCAGAAAGGGAUGAUAGUAAAAGAUUGUGCAUGUGUUUAAAUGUUAUCUCAAUUUCAAUACCCUGCUCAUUUACAAACAUUUCAUUGACAACUGCUCUGGAAGUUUCAUUUGAAGUUAUUUUAAACAUUAUUUAUUGGACUAUUUCAAAUAUCAGCUACUCUCUGGUAGAUAAAGCUGUAUUUGUUGUUAUUGCUUCCAGAUCAACUCAUUCAUCCUUUGCAAGUUCAGGACAACUUGCAUAUUAUUGUAUAAAUGAAGGAAUAUUUAUGUUUGAACUUGAUAUAGCAUAAUAUAUUAACAAUUCAUGUUUAUCAUUUCCAAGAGCGUUUAUGUCAAAAACAUUGUUACACCAUGGUUUUUCUUUCCAUUUUUCAUUGUAUGUGAAAUUUUUAUGUAAAUUAGGUUUCAAGUGAUGUGAAAAUGCAUGUAAUUAAAAUAAAGUACUUAUAUUUGUUUUCAAAA